AUAAAAUCAGCUUUUUAUAUAUUUUUUGUAAAUACUAUUUUUAUUGUAAAUUUUCUUGUUAUACUAAUUUUUAAUUAAACAUCAGUAACUUAUGUGAAUUAUGUAAAGUCUACAAAAUUAACUAAAUACUACGCGAAAUUCCAAAUAAAAUUAGUGCAAUUAAGAUAAAGCGAAAAAGUGCAGGCGCCAAUGCCUUGAAUGCCAUGAAGCGUUCACCUCAAAAUCGUACCCAUGCGAAACCCUUAAUUUCGCGCCGAUCCGCUUCGAUCUUCGAUGCGCUUAAUCCCAGUUUGACUAACCUGGAAUCGUUGGCAAUGCAGAAAGCGUGGAGAAUUCUGGAACCAAAAUUGCGAUCACUCUCCACCGAUAUACUUAUGAACCUCUACUCGGAGCAUUACGAGAUUAUGGAAAAGUUUCGCGAUGAAAGUGGCAAAUUAUGUAACUAUGAAUUGAUAAAUUACGCAACUUGGCUGCUACGGCUUUACGGCUCGAUUAUAAAUAAUAAAGUAGAUCCAAUUAAAACGAAGAAAAUAUUGGAACCCUUGAUAGAGAAGCUGAAAAAGUAUUCCAUGGAUGUGGAUUGCGUAAAGCUCCAGUUGGAGGGUAUUAAAAAUUUUAUAUUUGCUGAACUACGGAAUGCCUUAUCGCCCACAUCAAUCGAGGCCUUCAAUAAGCUUCACAAUACCAUUAUCAGAUAUGUUUAUAUAAAACUUAAUUAACAUAAUAUACAUAUGUAUGUAUAGAUAUAUUUGUAAAGCAGUAGGUAUACGAUGUUUGAGAAGACUUGAAUGGACGUAUAAGUACAUAGGUCGACGAUUGGCUAAAACACCGAGAGUGGCGAAUCGAACAAACAACUUAUGCCAGUUGCCGGAAUUCCGAUCAAAGACGAAUAGUGCUGGAAAGGAACUGAUAUCGCGAAUUCUACACAUUUUAAGCACAACCAAAUGUACAUACAUACAUAUAUGUACAUACUGUGUGUAAAUUAAAAAAAA